CAUUUGAUAUAAAAAAAUAUUUUAUUUCUUUUUGAGUGUGACUGCGAGUUUAUUGUUUAAGUUUUAAAAGUCGUCCAGCAUUAAACGAAUCUCCUUCUCUUUCUAGUAAAACCUCGCUUAGUUCGCUGAUCUUUUAACGAAGAUGGGUUUAUAUAAAAGUGUAUCGAUUUUAUGAUUUCAAGCCUUAUCGUCUUGAAAGAAAUUCUGCAGUAGCAUCAAAUUAAAUCCAAUCCAUACAAAGUCCACGAAGCAUAGAAGAAAUUCAAAAUGGGGGAGAACGUACAGUGUCCAGUAUGCACGCUAUUUCUGCAUGCUGGCAUGAAUCUUUCCGAUCAUUUAGAGACGCAUCCUAAGGAACAAGUAAUUAAGGCUCUGGUGCAGAUGACAAUUUCGGGUAGUGGAGGCACUAUUGCGGGAACUGCGCUUGCGGCAUCCUUAAGUGGGGGUGGUGAAUCUAAAGCAGAUCCGGACGAAAAACCGAAGACGGAAACCAUUGUUGCGGAUGCAAAUGCAACCAGCAAUGCGACACCGAGCAAGCUAUCACCCUUUAUAUCUGCCGGGCCGACUCAGAACAACAGUCUGAACUUCACAGCUGCGUUUAGUGCAAUAUCAGCAAUAACUAAACCAUCGACAUCAUCCGCAGCCGCCUCCACUGCAACAGCGACCGUCGGGCCACCAGUUGAUACCGCUGCAAUCACAAAGGGCACUGGUGUGAAAGAUAUUGUGGAUGACAAGACCGAAUGUGUUAAUAAUGGCAAAGAGAAAGUUAAGGUUUCACCCACAACUGUGGCGCCACUUAGCGCUGUCGGGCAAAUUCUUCCCGGCAAUUUUGAGGAAUUCUCCGCCAAUAGAUAUGGUAAAACACAGCAAAAACAAAUAUCACCAAGUCAAUUAGAACAACAACAGCAAAAGCGUCAGCAAAAUGAAAAUCAACAUGAUAUAGAUAGCGUGAGUGCAAGUCGCGCAAAUGCCCCACAACGCACUGCAUUAGCUCCACCUCCUCCAACAGUGGUACCACUGCCCCUAGUGGUUGGCCAAAUACCGAACAAACUGCUACAUCCAUCACAUUCAGCCACACUAUUUGCAAGUAAUGUCACUACUCAUCGUCAGGUUCAAAUGCAUCCGAUUCAGCAGUCACAUCCACAUGUUCAAAAUCAGUUUCAACAACAGCAGCAAAGUCAUAAUCUGCAGCAACAGAAUCUUAAAUUAUAUUAUUCUACAGCUUUGCCGACUCCACCGCCUACCCUCCAGCUUUUCCCCUUCCAUGCCACAACGCAAAUACAGCACCAAAAACCACCGCCCGCGUAUGGCACAGCGAUAAGCCAAAUUCGAUCUCAACAUAACCAAAACAAGAAUAAGCAUCCAACAGGUGAUAAGAAUCAAGUGCACCAUCAUCACCAGCAACAGCCACAGCCACAGCAAUUGCAUCAACAAUUGCAGCAGCUUCCACAACAAAUUCAACAGCCGACAAUGCAUCCGGCGCCAUUACAAGCAAGAGCUCUAACAACGCUUCAAUUACACCACCGUAACCAACAACAGACACUUGCUAAUAUACCAACUUUAAACAUAAAACCUUCGAUUCUACCGAAACCAACCGAACUGCUACCACCGCCUCCACCACCAACACGCACAUCUAACAAUUUGCAGCAGCUACAUCAACACUUGCCACAUUCGAUGUCAACUUUCGUCCAUUCGAUGAAAGCGUCGCCAGCUGUGCAUCAACGAGGUGCUACAGCUGGUUCUGAGCACAGUGCCAUGGCCAGUGUCACUACACUAACUCAGGCGCAUUCUUCAAAUACGGUCUCCCAUGCUACUGCAGGGCCUGCCAUUAUAGCCAUUGCAUCAGCUGGUGGCAUUAGGCAAGUAUCUUCACCCUAUAAUUCAUUGAUGACAGCGGCACAAUCUCCUUCAUCAUCAGUGUUGCGUUACGCUGAAUCGCCAGUAGCGCACUAUUUAGAGCGCGACAAUGGUGAUUUUAUCGUUCAGGAAACACCGAAACACAUUGUCGAGUGCGUGGAGAAGGAUAAUGGUGAGUUUUCGGUGAUCGAGCGUAUAUAUCAGUCACCGUUAAGUGUGUUACACAUACACGAGGAUAACGAAAAAGAUGACGAAGGUGGGGAUAACGACGAAAGCGAUAUAAAAGACAACGACAAAAAGAAGGUACAAACAAUCCCCGAGCAAACGGAAGGAAGUGAAGUUGAAACAAUGGAUAUUGAAUGCCCUGGAAGUCCCACAGAAACCAUAAAAUCGGGCGAAGAAGACAAAUGUGAGCAGUCUGCUUCAGACAGGAGUCCUCAGGUAAAUAAUGCAGAAACUAGUGUCGACAAUAGCACAGCUGAAGGGAAUGUAGAGACAAAAGGGUAUACUAGCGAAAGGUCAUCUGCAAGCCCCAGCAAUGGCAGUAACAGUAAUGCAAAUAGCGAUGCAGGCACACCAUUACAUAGUGCGUCCGUUGAUUCUCUCAAUACAGAAAUAAUCAACGAUCCCAUUGCUGUUUCGAGUUCCAGUUCAAAUAUUAACACCGAAUCCAAUGUGGUGCCCAUUUCAUCAUCAAGCUCCAACCAAAGUUCUAAUUCUGCCGGAACUUCGCGUAAGCGCAGUUCAAAGAAUACUAUAACAGUGCUGAGCGACGUGCAGUUAAAUUUGGAUGAAUAUCUCGAUCUUGUUGGCAAUAUAAUAGCAUCUAGUAAAAUUACAGCGAAGAGCAGUGCAUUAUCGGGUGCCAUGCCGAUACCUUUGCUGAAAGUUGAAAAAGAGGAGCCGAUUGAUGAUGACUAUGAAAUUAAUAAUCAACCACCGGAUCAGCAUAAGUUCGAAGAACUUAAGGAUGGAUAUUUUAACGAAGAAAACCAGAUAAAUGAGUUUCCCGAAUCAACUGUAAUCGAACCACCUACAACCGCCAACAAAAAUGAGACUGAAAAAAUAGUUGAAAAUAAUUCUAGUAGCAAUAAAGUUAGAAUAAAUGACAGUGACAAUGAUACAAAGGCUGCCAGUUCCACAAUGCCACAGAUGCAAAGUGCGAAUACAAGUGCUCUAACAUCCACGUCGGCUACAGGACCAUCAACAGCAACGUGCUCCAGUCAUGUAACCAGUGUUAUACGCAUGGCAACAACUAGUCAGCAACAACAGCCGCAAAAAGAAGUACCGCAAUCAGCUGUGGACUUUUCGGCGGUAAUAGAAAAAAAAUCUCAAAAAUUGUAUGCAGAACUAGCUACUUCUUCAAACAAAACGCAAGUUACAUCAAUAAUAAUUCAGGAUUUGUCGCGGCAACAUUUUAUACAAUUACAAGAGGAGCAACAGGCGCAUAAAGACGAACAUCAGCAACAGCAGCAAUUAGUUAAUGUACAGCCUGAAUCAGAUUCACAGGCUGAGCUGGACACACAAGCUCCUCUCUUGAGUUCACUGCCAGUGCAGAAAAGAGGCCCAAAGAAGCUGGUUAUCAAGCCAAAAGUAACAAAGACUGAUGCAAAUGCUAACCUCAACCAAAACAACAAAAGCAACAUCUCCCAAACCCAAAAUAUAAAUAGUGACUUUAAGGAAGUAAAACUCCAAGUUCUUACAGAAGAAGCACUAUGCGAACAACCGACAACCUCAUCCAAAGCAAGAAUGGAAUUGGAGGAGAAGACACUGCAACAACAUAAAGAACAUCAAAUGACACAUACAAUAGCACACAAAUUAAUAAAAAGUGAGCCAAACACAUCAGUUUACGAAGCGAAUAUAAACAGGGUCUGCAUUAAAGGAAACACGUUGGGCCAUAGCAUAUUGGAGAAUCAUUUAAACUCCAGUUCUAAUAAUUGUGAAACCAUCAUUCAAUGUAAGACCGAACAGGAGCCGCAAGCAAGCUCUCUGCAGCUGCUCAAAGAGGAAACAAAAGAGAUCACCAAUUCCAAUGACAAUGAUGAUGCCCGUGUUCUGUUGGAUUUUGCAAAUUCAAAGAAACGAGAACCCACACAUACGAGCGUGGCUAAUUUUCUCUCUGCCACUUCAAUUUUCUCUAAUACUUCGAAUACUAUGAAUGAGAAGAAACCGACGACGGGUCUCACUAUUACCAAUACAAAUAGCACCGAGUCACAUGCCGCCUUGCGUUGCGAAGACGAAUUUAUAGCCCAUGACGAUGUGCAAGAGAUCGUAGUUUCAUCAUCAUAUUCACAAUCACAAUCGGCUUCAGAUGUACCUACCACUGCAACCAAUAGCACGACCACAUCUAAUGCUAAGGAUUUAAUUACUGUUCAACAACAACAACAGCAGCAACAACAACAACAUCAACACCAGCAACAGCAGCAUCAACUCAAUCACAACUUCACCGAUUAUCCAUUUAGCUUUCUAUAUGGCAACGGUGGUGGUGUAGCUGCUGGUGUACAGCAGACGGAUGCAAAAGGAGGUAAUUUCUCAGCCAUAUAUCAACAGGCGACACAGGACGCUACCACAGCUGCAACACUUGCAUCCGGCAGCAACACCGUGCACACAGAUGAAUCCACCAGUUCAACUCAUCAGCAACAAGCACAUACUAAUCGCUUUGGGAGCGUGCGUGGCGGUAGUGGCGAUAUAGGAAAUAAUGCUUCACACUGGUAUCAUCAUGCAAUGGCCACGGCAAAUGCUGAUUUCGAAACAGCUUUGGGGGUCGAUUGCAAUGCCGCCGUAGAUGGUGGUGACGUAGGCAAAUACUUGGAUCUGGAUACUUGUAAGCGAGAAAUUGUAGUUGGCAUGCCUGGCGCACCAUCUUCGACCUCGUCCUCUUUCGCUGCUGCCACAGAGAGCAGCUUGGCUGGUGGUUGCACUACAGAUGCAUUGAAUAUACGUACUGAUGAAAAGAUGCCGGCAAAAGGUGAGAUUUCUGGACAGGAAAGCAAUUGCGACAUCGAGAACUCUUGGAGUCAGCCGAUGUAUGGUGAACUUUCUGCGCGAUUUUUCAAAACCACCUUUCCCGGGAUAUUUCAACAUGAAAAUGGUUGGAAUCACGAUGAGUACUUUACCGUACAGGAUUUGAGCGCUUCAGCUGCUGCAACAGGAAAUGCCACCUCUUCGAACCGUUCAGGCAAAAGCUUUGAUUUUCGUCUCCCUCUGGAAGCAUCUACCUCAGCGGCAGCAAAUGGUAAUAAUAACUUCCAACUUUUCGCGCGGCAUGCUGAUGCUUUACCCUCCACUUCAUCAACUAAUAAAAAGAAACGUAAACGCGAUAGUAAUGCCAGGGCUGACAAAACGGGACUCUCACGCAUGCAGCCAACCGCUACAAUAACAUCACAACAGUUAUUGUUACACCAACAGCAGCAGCAACAACAGCAACUGCAGGCACAUGAUCAGUUGCAACACUUACAGCAUAGUGAUAAUAUUGCAACGUCUACAGCACUUAUGAUGGGUGGGACUACGGCCUCCGAUGGUACAGCUGCUGCCAACGCUACUACUUCGUUGAGUGCAGAUCAGAGACGACAACGCAAGAAAGUAUAUCAGUGCACACAUUGCACAGCCGAGUUCCCCAAGCUUAAGGAUCGUAAUUCCCAUAUGAUAACACAACAUAAUUAUGUGCGUCAAAAUCGACGACUGAUUUGUGUCCAACGUCCGGCUACGAUAGCGCCAACAGGUGCGGCUGUUCCUUCUUCAUCCGACACAAUUGCUGGUGGUGUCGACAAUGUUGUUGUUGUAAAUAUGGCAGAUGGUUACAAUAGUACGGUUGUUCGUUCAGAUAGCAUGGAAUUCCUGGAGGAUUCCAAACAAGACAUUGUCAAAAUUGAAGUGGACAAUGUAUACCAACCAUUAACUUCUGCUAACGCACCUGUGGUGACGGCUGCAUCCACAUCUGGCAGUGGUGAGGGCAUCGAUUCUAAGCCAGAACUUUUGGACAAAAAGCCAAGCUUAGCACUGUUGCCAGCAAGCAGUUCAAAUGCAAACGAUGAAGGUGAUGGCGUCGGAGACGCAGUUGACACAAAACCCGCACUGCAACCGCUGGCGAUGACUACACCAGCCGCAAAAUUGGCUGCGCUCUACCGUAUGCUGGUAUCCUAUAACAUUUCAACAUUGAAAGACAGUCAUAACCUUAGUGAGUUGGAGCAGAAAGUGAUUGAGCAAUCGAUAUUUUUCUGUUACGUGUGCCGUCGUAAUUUCACGUCGGUCAAAUUAUAUGAUGCUCAUCUGAGUGAACAUCCCGCCGAAUGUUUCACUUGUGGAAAAACGUUUCAGCGUUGGAAGAAUUUCUCACUACAUUUGAAACGCCAUUUGGGCUGGAAAGAGUUCGGUUGCAAUGUGUGUGACAAAAAGUUUGUGGUGCGUAGCGCGUUGGUGGAACAUAUGCGUAUGCAUACUGGACACACGCCACUCAAGUGUAAAGUAUGCGGCAAGUACUUUAAGCGCUACUCGAAUUUAACGCAACAUCGUAAACGUCAUGGCAAGCAGAUCAUAAGGAAAAAGGAAUAUGUGUGUCAUUGUGGGGAAGUGUUGCCUUCGAAGGCGCGAUUCCUUUGGCAUAAGGAAACACACGACGCUAAACCGAAAUGUUGCCCAUACUGUUGUGAUCGUUUCGUGCAUGCGAACUCCUUGCGCCGCCACAUUCGCUUAGCACACUCUGAUAAAUUUGACUAUACUGAACCGAUGGAGUGUCCUUUAUGCAAACAAACAUUUGCAAAGUCUUCCAUCAAGGCUCACAUGGCCACACAUUCGAUGGACACACAACAUGACUGCCCAAUUUGCAGCAAAUCGUUUUCCACCAAAUGGAAUUUGAAAAUUCAUUCUUGGGUACAUGCCAAUCGCACCGCGAAACCAUUCAAAUGCGAGCACUGCCCCAAGGCGUUUGUACGCGAGGUGGAUUUCAAGAAUCACAUGAACGCACACAAACAAAUUAAACCGUACACAUGUGAAUAUUGUGGCUGCAAGUUCAUACGGAAAUACAACUAUAUGCGGCAUCGACGUGAGCAUCACGGCAACAAGAAGUUCACCUGUGACCUGUGCAAAAAGUCCUUCCAUCGGCAUUAUUAUCUCAUCGAACAUCGACGCAUACAUACCGGCGAACGGCCAUUUCAAUGCACCAUAUGCGGAAAAAGUUCCACAACGAAAACCAAUCACAACAAACAUUUGAAAAUACAUCACUCGCGUGAUCCCUUCACCGUUGAAGCGUAAGCGAAUGUAUGCAAAUCGUAUUAGAUCAAUCAUGAUUUUAGGGUUAAAGAAGAGCUACAUUUGGAAUGCAUCCAAAUAAUAGCACUUAAUAAGCGAUGAGUAAGCGCGUCGUUUAGAGGCCAGCAGCGAGCAAUUGGCGAAUCAUAAAAGAAUUUUUUUCUCUUAAUCUAUUCGUAUAUGUGUGUGUAAUUUAAAUGAGUAUUAUAAACAUUACUGAAUUACUGAAUAACGAAUUAAUGCGGUAAGUAGUUGUUAAGGCUAAAAUUUAUGUGCUGAAACUAGUUGGCAAAGUGUUGAAGCAAUGCAUAAAUAUGAAUGUGUAUGCCAUUUUCAGAUGGAACUCGUUUUAGAUAAGUAUCAUUACGUCAUUGCGUGCAAACCUUUCAAUUGGAAAUUGCAUAUGUACUAAUACUAAAUGUUGGCAAGAAUUGAUGUACAUACAUAUUACUAAUUUACUAAAGUUUUCAUAUAUUAUUGAUUUAUCUAGAAAUUUGAAGUUGACAUUUUUAAACCAGCCUUUGCUUCUGGCUCAUAACUUAUUGAGAAAAAUUUCGGCUCUUAAAAAUUUGUUUAUUCGGUUGGCUAGGGAAAUAGGUUUUCAAAACUAAUAGGCACUUAUAUUUUAUAAAAUAUAUAUUCUGCAUUCAGUAUGGGAUCUUGUUAGUUGUAAGUUGACUUCAUGUGAUUUUGUUUUUAUGCAACCUAAAAUGCAAAAUUGUGUUUUUAAAACUCUUGAAAUUCGCCACUGUUAAUACUUAUUGUUGCUGCAGUUCGAAACAUUUUGAUAGCAAUUAUUAUAGUUAUUCUCAAUUGAAAAAAGCUUUUGCUGUUUUUUCCACCCAUAAAUUCUACCUAAGUAUUACAUUUUAUUUUGUAAGCCUUUAUCAAGCUCAUGAAAUACAAAAACGCUUUGGUAUAUAAUAGCUUUUAUGCAAUUUAUCGGCUAGUUUUAUUUUUAUAAUUAUUUUUUAAAAAUAUUAGUUUCCAUCCGAAAAUGGUUUUUGAAAUAACAAAUGUAUUUCAUAGAAUAAAGUAGAUAUUUGCAAAUCAAUUGUCAUACGCAUGGGAUUACUCAAUCAAAAAUCUAAAUAAUAUAGGAAUUAUUAGAGUGUUAAUGAAAAAUUUGAAAUUUGCUCGUUCCAAAGUAUUUUCAUUUUCAUAGUUAAAAACAUUGAAUGAAUCCGAAUAAUACAACGUUUUAUAAAAGAAAAUUGUAGUUCAACUCUUGAGAAAUUUCAAGAAAUUUCUUAUAGCAUGUAUGUAAAUUUUUCUUUAGUUUUAAGUCAAUCCAGAGGGCCAAUUCUUGUUCUGUGAAAACGUUAAGUGGCAGCAUUUUUCAUCACUUCACACAAACUUACGGUUCGGGGUUUCAAAUGAAAAUUAAUUUAUUUAAACAAUUUUUUUUUUUACUGUGAACAGUUUUUACACAAAGGUUUGUGGCUAUGAAAAUCAUAUGUUGGGCAUUUUGCUCCAAAUCAUAAUCUUUUGAUAAAGGAUAGCAUUAUCUUUUACUGACAUAAGUUUACAAAAUAAUUACUUUCUAGAUGCUUAUUUAAAAGCUUUUGAUGUUUGAGAAUCGCUUAAAAUCAUAAAAUGGAAUGAUAACGUAAAAAACUGAAAUUUUCACGGAAUUUGAAUUUUUAAUUUUCAGUUCACCACUUCUUAGAACGAGAAUUGGCUUCUAGGAAAGAAAAAAGUUGAAAAAAUAUAUAUUUGUCCAGAUUAUGCGUUAAGCUGGACAAGUUACAUAGUUNAUGUGACGAGAAUAAAAAUGAAUUUGAAAUAUGUUGUGCUAAAACUUCAAGAACAGAUCGAUCCUUUGCUGGUAGGACGUUAUACUAUUAUUUUGAGUUAAUUAUGCCGGAAUCGCACUCAGCACUUCUUUUAUAUUGUGUAAAAUAAUACAUAACGAAUUCUUGUAAAUUUUGCUUCAUAAGAAGAAAUUUUGUAUUUUGUACCACUUUACUAAUUUUCACAUUGUUUAACCACUACAGCCAUCACUCUUUGAUCAAAGUUAGGAACCAAGUAACGUUUGAUAAUAGUUUUAUGCUGUGAAUUAAAUUCUUAGAUUAUACAUACUCUCUAUAUAUUUUGGAUAUUAUUUAUUUUGAUACAGUCCGUAAAACUUAAUGGAACACUUAAAGCAAUUUUCUGAGUUUUGAAUUUGUGGAGGUAUGCCAUUCUUCCAGCAAACUCGCGAUAUAUUUCUCAAAGCAAUUUUGCAAUUUACGGCUGGUUUUCACUAUGUCAAAGUGAAAAUACAUUCUCAAAUGGCUGCCUGUAUUUUUCGAACAUACUAUUAUUGGUAAGGGCAUGGAUGAAGAGAAGGGCGUUGUCUAAAAAUAAGUCGAUAAAGUUUGUCGUUAAAAUAUGAAAUAUGUAGUGAAACCCAGCCUUUACUUUCUUUCCGCAUACAUUACUUUCGUUUCCUUUGCUUAAAAAAAAAAAAUAAAAUAUCGGGCAAUCACUUUAAAAUCGGCCACUAACAUUUACAUGUUUACACCUCAAUCAACUUCCAGUCGGCUUAGUCGCUCGCAUUAUCAAGCUGUUAGAGUUUAUUUUAGUUCGUAGAAAAAAAAAUAAAUUGUAAUUAAAUUUUAUUGGAUUAUGUGUCAUUACGUAAAGUUAUUGAAUUUAAUUAGUCUCUUUUUGAUUCUUAAUGCUUCUGACAGCGCAGGAGUAUGAUUCAUUUCGGAAGGAAUUUCCAUCGUCCCUUGUUUUCGAGGGAACAAAAAAUGACACUGAAGAUUACACAACGCCGAAACCAGGUUUGUCUCCGAAUCAAAAUUAACAAGGGAUGACGGAAAUUCGUUCCAAAAUACAUCGAAAUGAACAUGAUAAUUAUAAUAAUUAUAAAUUUUUGAAUCUAAUAUAAUACAAUUAUAUUUUUCAAUUAGUUUACGCUCAUUUGUUCUCUGUUGUCGCCGUAAAGUGAUGACAUAAUGUUUAAGUUUACUUUUAAAAAAGAUUAAAUUGUGUAACAAUAAAAUAAAAAUAAAAGGUCGACUAUCAAUUCCCUCCUCUCCAUGAAUUCAUUACUUCACUGGCUUCAAGUGCAAUAUGGAAAUGAUAAUUACGACAACAAAAAACUUACAAAAAUCAUUACUAAAAAAAAAAAAAA